CUUCUCUUGCUCUUUAAGUUUCUUUUUUCCAAAGAUUUUGAUUCGAGGACACUUGUGAGAAGAUGAUCAUCUUUGGAAGCUUGAGCUGAUUCGGAUAUUAUUCCACUUUCUGAUAACAUACUUCUGGGGUGCUCAUCUUUUGCAAUUCCAUUGAAUUUUGAUCUGAUUCCAGCUGAAACAACAAAUCUUGGGAGGCUAUGAGGUGUUUUCAAUUCUCUUACUGUGAAAAGAAGGACGAAGGGACAAAAACUCCAACAAAAUCACUAUCAGUUCAGUCUUUUACUUCUAUAUUUACAGAUCGACGAUCAUGGACAGGAUUCAAUUCUCAAAUUAUGUCUGAUGCUAGCACAGAGUCGGUUGGACGCCCUAAUCUUCCUAGUUUUUCACAGAGACCAUCUAAUCUUAGAGUCUUCACUUUUGCUGAGCUCAAGUCAGCCACCAAUGGCUUUAGCCGCUCUGCAAAGAUCGGAGAGGGCGGGUUCGGGUGCGUCUUCAUGGGCUCAAUCAAGUCCCCUCAAGAUCCAUCUCAAAAGCUUCAUGUGGCUGUCAAGCAACUUGGCAGCCGCGGCUUACAGGGGCACAAGGAGUGGGUGACAGAGGUUAAUGUUCUUGGGGUGGUUGAGCAUCCAAAUCUAGUCAAGUUAGUCGGCCACUGUGCAGAAGAUGAUGAAAGAGGCAUCCAACGGCUUCUGGUUUAUGAAUAUAUGCCUAACGGAAGUGUUGAAGAUCACUUAUCGGCUAGGACCAAGGCACCACUUUCGUGGACCAUGAGACUUAAAGUGGCUCAAGACGCCGCUCGUGGCUUGGCAUACCUACAUGAGGAAAUGGGCUUUCAGAUCAUCUUUAGAGACUUCAAAUCUUCCAACAUCCUUCUAGAUGGUCGAUGGAAUGCCAAGCUUUCUGAUUUUGGAUUGGCUAGGUUAGGUCCUCAAGAAGGACUAACCCAUGUCUCCACCGCGGUUGUAGGAACCAUGGGAUACGCGGCGCCAGAGUACAUCCAAACAGGACGUCUGAGAUCCCAGAGUGACGUUUGGAGCUACGGUGUCUUUUUGUAUGAACUCAUCACGGGUAGGCGCCCAUUGGACCGUAACCGUCCCAAGAACGAGCAGAAGCUUCUAGAAUGGGUGAAACCCUACCUCGACUCGAGAAAAUUUCGGCUAAUAGUAGAUUCAAGGCUACAAGGCAAGUACCCACUCAAAACAGCACAGAAGUUGUCCAUCAUAGCCAACAAGUGCUUGUGUAAGAACCCAAAAUCAAGGCCAAAGAUGAGUGAGGUCCUUGAAAUGGUUAACCAACUGAUUGGGGUUGGAUCAGAAGGAACCAGUCCUAGACCACCACCAAUGGGUCCAGUCCUAGUGGCUCGUUCGGUUAAGCCCAUUGAGCCUGAGAAAGUUUUCGUAGGGUCUGCUGAGGAGAAAAAGACAUCUGACUCUGAGGACAUGCCAAGUAAAGGGAAGAGAAGGUUCAUUGCUAUCAAAUUUGGAGACUCGGUUUGGCUUUCGCGAAUAUGGCCUUCGAAGCUCUUGAAAACUUGAUGAUUUGAAGGAUUAAAGUAUAUAUCAUAGAGGUAGCCAAGGCAUGCCAUGGAGCAUGUUGGCAAAUGACAUUUCUACCCCUGUCGUCUAUGAAUCACUUGCUGCAGGAAAGAUGUCGACGGGGUGAGAGGUGAAGGGCUAUAUAGUAAUUGUACUACUGUUGGAGUAAGUGAGAAUGGUAAGGUGAAAAAAGUUUUCUACAUAGAAUCAUUUACAAACAUGAUAAAUUGUAUAAAUUUACGAAUCAGUUUUCAUAUAUGAAAGAUAUGUGAAAAUGCAGUAUUUAUACUGCACAUGAAAACUGAUUUAUAAGUUUAUAUAAAUUAUUGGGUUUGUAAAAGAAGAUACUAUACGCUAAGUAUGUGUGUGUGUAUAUAUACGUGGGGAAAUUUGGGGAGCAACCGACAAUGAUUGGAAAGUUAUUGUGUUUUUUGUUGAAUAUUUGAUAUUUAUUGAAUAUGUUAUUUGUUUGCGAAUA